GAUGCGUCGGCUACUUUUGUGGACUUGCUGGGGAUCGUGCUGCCUUCAUCGUGGUCGGGUGAUGCACACCGUUUCCUCGAUGCAGAGUCAGCGGACUGUUUGCAGCCCGUCAGUUCACUCAUGCUGGCUAGCUAGCCAAAUAGCUAACAAGCUAGGUAGUCCGCAAGCACAACUAAAACACAACUUAGAUGCAAUCGAUUACACCAGCGAUCUGGCUGCUUGCAAUUUCGUAACUCGGAUCGUGAUGUAACCUACAUCCUCAAAGGAGCGAGAACAGGAAGCAGCUCUUGUAUUUCUCCGCGGCCUUGCGGAACGUUAAAGGAAUUAGCAGGCUAGUACUAACGUUAGUUAGCUAACGUUACCCAAGUCGUGUGUCCUCACAGCGAUGGCCGCACCACAUAUCACGAAUAAAAGUCCAACAAAAAAAGACUCGGUCCAAAUAGCAAAACCGGUCUCUGCUAAAAAAAAAACGCCUUUAUAAAGAACCCGUGUUCUUUAUAUUAGUUUAUGUUUGCAAUAUCCGUUAGCUUACUAUCCGUGCACCGACGUUACAGAAAAACAAUCCUCUGAUUGGCUACGACGCGCCGCGCUAAAACCUCUCCACCAAUCACAAACAAGGGUGUGUUUAGAUGAGAAUACAUGUAGCAGCGGUAUAACUGCGCAGCGAGUUAGUGCAGCAGAGAUAAUCCUAACGUCACUGGAUGUAAAACAUAAUUUAUACAUUUACCGAAACACAUCCAAACACACUGUGCAUCAUAUGACUUCAUCACAUUUUACAACGUCCUAUCUGUGAGAUUAUAUUUGCAGACGUUAUAAAAAUGUGGCACAUUUUAAUUAAUCACAUUUAUGGUUCAAUACCCUGAAAUGACAAGCCCAAAAUGUAAACAAUUGGCUUUCAAUGGAGGCGACAGGCCGUAAACACUCGUCUGUGUGAUGAUUUAGAUAAUAUGUUUAUUCCCAGAAGUGGACGCACUCAACUGUAGCCUCCUAAUCAGGUUUAUACAGCUCGGUCUUUUGUUUUGUAACACAUACAUAUUCAUACAAUAUUGAUUGAAAUGAGUGUGUUUAUUAUUUAAUUUCCUUUAGGGACUUUACCCAUGAGAGUCUAAGGUGAUGAAAUAGAAAUUCUAUCCUGCAAUAAUAAUUUCCACCUGAUGGUGUUUGCAGAGGUUUUAAUAUAUACUGAUUGUGUCUAUACAUCAAUUUUAAAAUGUGCCAUACCCAUAGACUGGAUAUGAGAAGGUCAUUUGGCUUGAUAUCACUUUAAUAUCCACUUUCCAGUAGUGGGCGUUCUGCCAGCCCAAACCAAACAGAACAAGGGGGAGUCGCAGGAUUAUACCAAUUUAAAAGACACAUUUGGGGCACGGAGAGCCCUGUAGGUCAGUGCUAAAAUUAGAGGCUGCUCCUUCCGCGACAGCAGCCAAACUGCGAUGCAUAACGUCAUGUAAACCAGGGGAUACACUAUCACAAGGGCUGGCAGUAAAGACAUGUUUCCAUGGGUGACAUUUAACGCCACACGUUGACUACAGAGGUCGUAACGCAGCGAUCGAGCAGGAUCUACACUCGGCACUGCUGCGCAAACAAUGAGUAUUUGGUAGUGUAUUUUUUUGUUUUUGGAGACGCGAUAAUACUUUCUUCAGCGCACAGGUUCCAUGACUGUACACUUCUGCAAAUAUGUCUUUUUUAUCCAUACCAAGUCAAGAGGGCCUGUUCACCACGAUUAAAAGCGACAGAUCAGCCGACGCGUCAGACAGGCACUUGGACGACGGCGACUAUAUUGAUGAUGAGGAUGAUGAUGAUGAAGACGACAACGCCGAGGACGUCCGCCUUAUACCGAGAUCCUCCCCGGUGCCCAGAAAGCGAGGCCACUCUAUCUACGAUGAGACCGCCGAGUACAUGCAGAUCCAUUUGGCGCUGCCCGCCGGGAAAAGAGUGUUUUUCGCCGACACAACAGGUGGGGAUCUGGUGGACGUGAAGGAAUUUGUUGCCUUCGAAUCGGACGAUGAAGAGGAGAGCGCAAGGUGGGAGGAAGAGGAGGCAAAGUAUCGAAAGCCCCUGCAAGAACCGAGCUAUCAUGUGCAGCCAGAGUUUCACGCACCCACCGCCAGUGCCCUGCUACAAGCUGUGCAUUUGAAUAAAGUGGAGGUUGAGCAGAUGUCUCCAGCAGAGGAUGAGCCACUGGCCUUCUGUGGGGUGAUACGGGUCCUGAACAUCUCCUUCCACAAGGCAGUUUAUAUCAGAUCCACCAUGGACCACUGGGCUACUUACUUUGAUCACCCAGCAGAGUAUGUCCAGGGAUCUCAUGAUGGCAGCACUGAUCAAUUCUCCUUCAAGCUGACUUUUGCACCACCUUAUACCACACACGGCUCUCGCAUUGAGUUUGUUGUCCGCUAUGAAACCUCUGAUGGCGAUUACUGGGCCAAUAACUCCUCUAUGAAUUAUGUGGUCACUCUGCUCCAGUCCUACGAAGACGACUCGGCUCAGACUAACAACGACUUGCAGCAGGUCAGAGGCAUCCUGAGACCUCCAAAGGCUUACAGUAUGAAUGAUGAUUUCGAUUCAGAAGACGAGCAGGAAAAGGACGAAGCAGAAGAAGCACGGACCUCCAGGACUGGACUUGUCAGACCUACAUGCGUCUGCCCAAUCAUCGUACAGCCGGAGAUUGACAUAGAGAUUGCGGUUCACCCAUCUGGUCCCAGUGUCCCACCGAACCAAGAGCCUCCAUCUGUUGAUGGCACACUGUCCGCUCGCACUGUAUCCCCAGGUGAACAAUUCCCUUACAUGUCUUCCGGAACCACACUUCAAACUAAUUCAUCCUUUGUACUCUGUGCCAGUGAAUCGGUCCAGCCAAAUAAGUCACAGCCUUUACCCAGACUCCACUGUGAAUUAGGCAACCAAGCGUCAGAGGUGCCCGUAGACAGUAGUCCCUGUGCACUGCUGCCGGCUUCAACUCCCUCUUUGCAACACGAGUCAAGGCCGAGAUCAGACAGCUCCCAGGCGGGCGGAGAGGAAAUCCCUCCCUCUGAGGCCUCGUGCAUUCAUCUUCCUACCACAGAGACAAACCUGUGGCCAACAACAGGCGAGGACGGCUCGACCGACAGCCCAGUCAUCCAUCCUUGUCUUGAACUGCCCGCUGAGUGCGUCGCUUCUCCCACUGUGACUCAAGGCUUUGAGCGCGAGGUCGCAGUGGGAUUGAGCGAACUUGUUGAGGGAUUAUCAGAAGGCUCCACCAGGUCUGCAGCAAAUGAUGAAGGCAGUACGGCUGAGCUUUUGUCCCCCGUGGCAGAGAGUGAGGCGUUUCUGGGAGAAGAAGGUGAACUCACAGAGAACGUGGGGCAAAGCGUAGCGCUCCAGUCUUCCUCAGCCUGGGAAGAGAAGGAAGAUGCUCCCCAGAUUUCCCCCGACACAUUAUUAUUCGAGAAUCCACCGAACACGUUGUCAGAGGGUUCUGAGAUCCAGUCUGAGCAUGACGCAAACAGGAAUCUGAUGCCAUCCGUCAUCUUUCUGAGUGCAGUUGUCUCCCUCUCGGUAGUGUUGCAGGAACCCAGUGCCCUCUUUAUCAUCGGACUACUUUUGGUCUUGCACCGUUUUUGAUUAUGCCACAAAAGUUCAUUCUGAUCUGCUUUCAAGUGAAGUGCCUUUUCAUGAUUCCAAAAUAAGCCAACAAGUAUAAAAAAAAACUAAAAAAAACACAAGUCUCCUGUUGAAGUUGUGUGUCACUGUGUGAGUUUAUAGAUUAGUACAUGUUUUGAUCAAAUGAAAGGGUACAAUUUACGAGUGUUUCCAUACAAGGAGAAAGUGAUUACACAAAUACUACAGAUAUUUUUAUGCAUUAUGUGAAACGUGUGCUAGGUAAUAGAACAGUAGUCAGUUAUUACCCCAUUUCUACAACAACAUUGUGAUCACUCUAACACUAAAACACAGUAUAUGUUUUGUAUGUGAUCUGUAAUUACUUUGUUCUUGUCCUGUUGAUAGUGUACGUGGUGUUAUAUUCUGAUUUAUUCAAUCAGUCCUAUAAUACACUAUUCGUUGUUGUUGUGAGUGUCGGCUGUUGUCUAACCCCACUGCCAUGAAUUUAGCUUUUGUGAAUUCCAUGUGUUGUUAUGUCUUUAAUGAAGGACAAAAAACUUUACGGUAGUGGGACACUAAAGAAACUUGGAAUGGAAUUUUGUUUACAAAUGCAAAGUAUUUUUGCCUUAAUGCCUAAAAUAUAAAAACCUAUGGUUAACAUACUGUAAGUUUGAAAUGGAUGCUGCCUGAGGGACAAAAGUGGAAAACUGUCCAAUGUGACAUAUUUAUUCCUCAGCCGUGCACAUUUCAUUUGAUAAGUCUUCCUGUUGAGUCUUGCUAGGAAACCCAUAUUGUUGUUGUUGCACAACACAAAACGUUAUCGCACUACUUUGACAACCUCACAGACAGACUGAAGCACUGAAUGACAUGUUUGAAGUGUUGACAGUUUUUUUUGCGGUGUAUUGCCAUUAAACGUGGUCCUAUAUCCUC